CUGAUGUGUCAAACCACUUCCUACACAUGAUGGCACGCUCCGCCACACUGAGCAUCGAGCUUGGUUUCCUGGAUAACAGACUAAUAUCUGAACAGAAAGCAGCCUUUGUUCUUUCCCGUGGAGCCAGUAAAACGAUGAUUUGCUGAUCAAAGCCCUCACUGCACAUGUGGGUGACGCUCCCAGACAGCUUCAUCAGGCAGUAAUCAGCUCCUUGGCUUGGUUGGCAACAGCUCAUCACUUCUGAGAAACUUCAUCAUCCUCAGAGAAGUGGAGAAAAGAUGUGGACAAGUCCCAUGGAGCUCAAGUGGCUUUUGAUGUGGCUCUUGUUUGGAUUAAUCAAGGGGAAGAAGACAGAUAAAUGCCCAGAUCUUCCAACAACUGAAUUUGCUGAUGUUACUGCUGAAAUGUAUCCACUACAGACCAAACUGUACUAUACGUGUGAUCCUGGCUAUGACAGAGAAGCUGGUGCAUACUUAGGGAUUCAGUGCAAGAGUGAACAGCAGGGUGCUGUUUGGGAAUACAGUCAAUUUAAAUGCAUCGAUAAGAAAAAUUCGUCGUCAACAGCUCUCACAAUGGAGUUAGAACUUACACAGAAGCCAGAAAGAGAAUCAAGGAGCCCUGCACCCGAGAAGCAAGAAGACAUUUCAGAGUCCAAACAAAAAGAUUUCUGUGGUCGUCCCAAGACUGUUCCACAUGCCUCCAUAAGGCUGCCCCAACAGCAUUAUGUGGGACAAGUCUUACAUUUCAAGUGCCAGACAGGUUAUGAUAAGAGACCCCCCACCUUUGGCAGCAGGACAUGCAAAGAAGUGAAUGGCAAAAUCAUCUGGACCGCCCUUGAUAUGAGAUGCACCAAUGACAGCAGCCAGUGGCCACUACAGAUCAUUGGGCCAGGUUUAACUCUUCUGUCCUCUUCCUCAUCAGGGAUGCUGCCACUGACAGCUAUCUGGUUUGUUCUGCUUAUCAUUCCCACUGCCUUCGUGUGACUCACCAAGCAGACAAUAAGGAAAGACUUCUCAGGGAAUUGUGGCAUUCAGAUGCAAACUCGUGAAAUUAAUGACUUGCCACAGAAGAAACCAGAUUGUUCCAGAGACCUCAAGACCAGCAGUGGCAAAUGAGGAAGCCUGGACAUUCAAAUCCAGUGUGUGAAGGAGGCAGAAGAUGUAACAGCUUAAGUCUUAUGGGGACAGCAUGACUUUCCACCUACAGAGUGCUGGUAGGAGGACUGCACCCCAUCACUGACAGAUGGGGAAAGAGCCCUGCCUGGAACUGCUUCCCAAACCUACUUCUCCUCCCACCAUGCAGCAGAUGUAUUUCCAAUAUAACUGCAGCCCCU